AUGGAGGAAGAUGAGCGACCAGCUGGUGAGCCAGACAAAACCCCGAAACAGCGAUUGCUUCAAUGGAUUCGAAGGAAAUUGCCUGACGAUGUAAAACCACCGAUGAGGAAGGGGAAAUUGCAUGGAGUUGAGGUGACAGCGAUCGCUGGACGAGCCGCCGAUUUUCAUGUGAUCAUGCCAACAGAUGAGCAUAAACCAAAGCUCUCGAUCCAAGACGAGCACGGUCAGGACAUUCACUUCACUGUGAACAAGAUCCCAGCCACGUGCAACUACAAUGUCAAGUACACGCCUGAGAAAGUCGGAACGGCAAAGAUUUCCCUCUUCACCACAUCGAUUCUCAGCGGUUCAACGAUUCCGGGUUGUUACAUUGCUGAUUAUCCAUUGGGAAUGGCGGGAACACACUCGGUGAAUGCUUUCCAUCGUGGAUCAGCGAUUGUCGGCAGUCCUUUCCGAUUAAAAGUGUUACCAAAAAGCUCUUGGGAAACGUGGGGUCGAGGUUUGCAAUCGGAUGGAGUUUGCGUGGGAGAUAAGGCUCCAAUCUACGUUCAACCGUCGUCUUCGGAUUCAAGCGAUGACAUCAAUAAAGCACCGAUCAGCGUCGAAGUGGUAGAUGGUCACAGUCGAAAAGUUGCGGUGACACGGACGAUUUCAAAUGGUCGAGCGAAAUUCGAGUACACCCCGACAACUGAAGGAGUCUAUCGGCUAAACGUUGAGGAGAAAAUUGAUGCAUCGAAGUUGAACAUUUUCGGGCCAGGAGUGGAAGGACCGGUGGUCAGCCAACAACCCACUCAUUUCACUAUUGACGCUAAACAGGCUGGACCAGGCGCUGUUGAGGUAGCUCUUGCGGAUCGCGACGGUCGAGCGGUGGACAUUGACGUACUCGACAAUCAAGACGGAUCAUUCACCGUCAAGCACACUGCACCAAGACCAGGCGCAUAUCAGUUAAACGUUGUGUUCGCUGGUGUUGACGGUCCACCGAUUGAGAUCAAUGUGAAACCGCAUGUGGAUCGAGCGAACAACGAGCGCUGCGCGGUGAUCCUCCCGCCAUCACCCUCAAAACUAGCUUCGAUCAGACGAGCCUCAUCCACUUCGAAUCAGGGAAGAGACAGCGCCAUCGAGGCCAACGAGAGAAGAUAUUACGGCUUAUCUGAGCAAUCACCUGAGCUGAAAGAGCGCGAGUUUAACUUCAAUUUCGACAAAGCGCAAAUCAACAGCGAUCUUUUGAAAGCUCAGGUAUCAACACCAAUGGGAAUGAGAGACGAGGCUCAAAUUAUCGACAACCAUGACGGCACAGUUCUCGUCAAAUACGCUCCGAAAACCCCGGGACCACACGAGUUAACCAUUCUGCACGAUGGAGCUAUUUUGCAGGGAACUCCAAUCAAAUUCUUUGUUGACUCUUUCGAUUCGGGACAUGCCACCGUUUAUGGACCCGGAGUCUCUUUCACUCCCCGUGAAGCCGGUGAGCAUCUCAUCAAAGUGUUCCGCGACGGGAAACCAAUACCGAAAGGACCCUUCAAGAUUAAAGUGGAUAAAAGCCAAAUCGGUGAUGCGGCUAAGGUGGAGGUGAGAGGUGAGGGAAAACACAAUGCGGUCACCAAUCAAGACAACGAGAUCCUCGUGGACACGAGUAAAGCUGGUUAUGGUGGUCUCUCCGUCUCAGUGCAGGGUCCAUCGAAAGCCGAGCUGAAAUGCAAAGAGGUUAAACCGGAAAGCCCACUUUCUGUUGUUUGCACUGAUCGAGUAAGUCAAACGGCUACGGAAAUCGAGAGAGAAACAACAAAGCCAUCGAUCGCUGCUGUGGGUCGUGAGGCGAACAUUUACCUCAAACUGUCGCACACCGUUGAGAACGAUAUGAGUGCUCGCUUGGUGAAUCCACACGGUGAAGAGGUGAAAGCCUCUGGAAUGGGAGUGGUGAGAGGAGAAGUUGGAGUGCCAAAUGCUUUCAAUAUCUAUACAAGAGAGGCUGGCGCUGGCAAGUUGUCUGUGAGUGUUGAAGGGCCAGCAAAGGCAAAGAUGCACUUCAGUGAUCAUAAGGACGGGAAUUGUCAUGCCGAGUACACGGUGGGCGAGCCAGGCGAGUACUCUGUCGCGGUCAAGUUCAACGAUGAGCACAUUGCUGAAUCGCCUUUCAAAGUAUUCAUGGUUCCAUCUGGAGAGGGUCAUCGACAUGGUCUUUCCUCUUAUCGUCACUCGGAACAUCGAGUCAAUGGAGAAGCGAUCAAUGGAGGAAUUCAGUAUUCAGGAGAUGCUGAUAAGGUUGUGGCUAAGGGCACCGGGCUGAACAAGUUCACCCCAGGGGUCGCCUCGUCGUUCAACAUUGAUACGGGGCUGGCUGGGACAAAUCUGCUGAUGGUCGGUGUUGUGACAUCAAAGGGACCAUGCGAGGAGGUGGUCGUCAAACACAUGGGAGCUGGGCAUUAUGUGGAAUGGUUUCAGCUUGGGAAUGAGCCCGAGGCUAUUCCGAUUUUACCGCCCGCCAUUGCGGUUCACCGAGCACGUGUAAACGUUGCAGCUCACCUGCGAGAACGAUUCGCCGAUCGAGGUCGUGGAGCUUUGGUUGGUCGAGAGUCUUCAAGCUCGUCAUCUAGUUCAGAUGGAGAAAGCUCGGAACAUGAACCGCAACACAUAAAUGUUAAGGAUGCCAUAAACCAUGAGUAUUUGUUUACACGUCGAACUCGUCGCCGAGAAGGUCAAGUUGGUGAAGUCCUUGAUCUCGCGAUGCCUUCCGAGACGAUUGUUGCUGAAAUGAUAAUGGAAUUGCCAAUGUUGCGGAUCAGCCAAGAUUGCUUUCCGAUGCCAAAUCAACGCAUCCCGUUGUUGCUUUAUCAUCCGAAUGACAUGGCCACUGCUAAAUUUGCCGUCGCUCAUCAUUCCUAUCUGGCUGCUUUCCCGGGAGAAACUUUUGGGUAUGACCCGAGAGUGUCCACGCCGAUCGACGUUGGUGUGCUUUUGCAGAUAGCACGCUCGUGUGAUGGCGGUCAACGAGGCUUUCGUGUUUACGCAAUCGGUCGCAAUCGUAUUAAGCUUUUGGAAACGAUUCGGAAUAUCGAUAGUAAAAGUUCAGCAACGAAAAAUUGC